AUGGUGCCAGUCCCCGCGAGGGCUUAUGGGAACUUCUUCGAGGAACACUGCUACAUUGUCCUCCACGUGAGCAUGUGGAAGUCUGCCCGGCGUGGGGGCUGGGAGGCCUGGGUGACUCUCUUCUCGAGAGCCCAUUCCCUCCUCAGCUAUAGAAAAGGAGGCCUGGCCUCUGCCCUCAGGCAUGUGGAGACCAACAUAUACAACAUCCAGCGACUGCUGCGCAUCCAAGGGAGGAAGCAUGCGUCAGCCACAGAGGUGGAGCUCUCUUGGAACAGCUUUAAUAAGGGUGACAUCUUCCUGCUGGACCUGGGCAAGGUGAUGAUCCAGUGGAAUGGGCCCGAGGCCAGCAUUUCUGAGAAGGCAAGGGGCCUGACCCUGACCUGCAGCCUCCAGGACAGGGAGCGUGGUGGUCAUGCCCAGAUUGGUGUGGUGGAUGACGAGGUCGAAGCCACUGACCUCAUGCAGGUCAUGGAAGCUGGGCUGGGCUGCAGAGUGGGCAACCUGCAUGCCACCCUGCCCAACAAGAGUAUUAGCCAGCUGCAGAAGGCCAGUGUCCGCCUCUACCAUGUUUGUGAGAAGGAUGAGGACUUGGUGAUCCAGGAGUUGGCGACCUGCCCACUAACCCAAGACCUACUGCAGGAGGAGGAUUACUACAUCCUGGACCAGGGUGGUUUCAAGAUCUAUGUGUGGCAGGGACGCAUGUCUGACCUCCAAGAGAAAAAGGCUGCCUUCAGCCGGGCUCUGGCCUUCAUCCAGGCCAAAGGCUGUCCGACCUACACCAACGUGGAGGUGGUGAACGACGGCGCCGAGUCGGCCGCAUUCAAACAAACUUCGGUGGGAUGGGAGAGCCGGCUGGAUGAGGCCGGGGGGUGCGGCCGAGCCGGGGCGGGGCGUAGCCAAGGCGGAGCGGGGCCGGAGUGGGGUGGCCCCCAGAACCUCGGAGGGGAGAGUGGGCGUGGCGUGGCCUGCGGGGGCGGGACGUGGCCGGCGCGGGGCGGCACGCAGAACUUCGGUAAAUUGAUUCGGGUAAGGCUGGAUGUGGGCAAGCUGCACAGUCAGCCUGAACUAGCGGCCCAGCUCAGGAUGGUGGACGACGCCUCCGGGAAGGUGGAGGUAAGGGUUUUUAUCUGUAAAUGGCGGCGAAAACUAUGGCCCCAUCUGGCCCUUGGCUGGUGUGGGGAUGCUGUAAGAUUCUGGGAACAGGACUUCUGGGUUUCUAGUUCUUCAGUGACACUUGAGAAAAGAGAAUUUUCCCAAGAGCCCCGAAGCUGUGCGUCUUCAAGCCCCAGAGCUGAGGAUCUGAGAAUGGGAUCUAAGAGCUGCCCCAGGCCCUUACCACCCCCACCUGCAGGGCCACCAGGCCACCAGGCCACCACAUGUGAGAUCAACAUCCUGAACUGCCACCCCGAGGAGCUGGACCUCAUAUACCGUGGAGCCCUGGUGCAGGAACACGUCACCAUGGGUAGCGAGCCCCCUCACUUCCUCGCCAUCCUCCAGGGCCAGCUGGUGGUCUUCCAGGGGCACACGGGGCACAAUGGGAAGGGGCAGCCAGCACCUGCCACGAGGCUCUUCCAUGUGCAAGACACAGACAGCUACAACACCAGGACUGUGGAGGUGCCGGCCCGUGCCUCAGCUCUCAACUCCAGUGACAUUUUCUUGCUGGUCACAGCUAGCACCCGCUACCUCUGGUUUGGAAAGGGCUGCAGCGGUGACCAGCGUGAGAUGGCGCGGACGGUGGUCACUGCCAUCUCUGGGGAGAACAAGGAAACGGUGCUGGAGGGUCAGGGGCCUCCCCACUUCUGGGAGGCCCUGGGAGGCUGAGCUCCCUACCCCAGCAACAAGAGGCUUCCCGAGGACGUCUCCAGCUUCCAGCCACCUGAGUGCUCCAGCCAGAUGGGCUGCCUGGUCCUCACAGAAGUGGUGUUCUUUAGCCAAGAGGGCCUGGACAAGUAUGACAUCAUGUUACUGGACACCUGGCAGGAGAUCUUCCUGUGGCUUGGGGAAGCUGCCAGUGAGUGGAAGAAGGAGGCGGUGGCCUGGGGCCCGGAGUACCUGAAGACGCAUCCCGCAGGGAGGAGCCCCGCCACGCCCAUUGUGGUGAUCAAGGAGGGCCACGAGCCUCCCACCUUCACUGGAUGGUUCCUCACCUGGGACCCUUACAAGUGGACUAACAACCAGUCCUAUGAGGAGGUGGUGGAUGGCAGCCUGGGAGCAAAACCUGCCAUAGUUGAGAUAACAGCAGAACUCAACAACCUGCAGCUCUCUAGAGGGCCAAGCAAUGGCAGGGCAGGCCCCUUGACCCUGUGGGCCCUCAAGGGCUCCCAGGAGGGCUCAGGGAAUGAGCUGCAGCUAGGCCCCAAGGCCGGGGGCACCAGCACCGGCAGCUGCCACAGCAGCCCCAGACCCACCAUCAGUGGGAGCCUGCCCCGCGAACAGCUAAUGCAUCAGGCUGCCGAGGACCUGCCAGAGGGCGUGGACCCAGCCCACGAGGAGUUCUAUCUCUCCGACUCUGACUUCCAAGAUAUCUUUGGGAAAUCCAAGGAAGAAUUCUAUAGCAUGGCCAAGUGGAGGCAGCAGCAGGAGAAAAAGCAGCUUGGCUUGUUCUGACCCCAGGCCCUGCCCCUACCGGUGCCACCCACAUGGCCAGCACCUCCACGGGUACCUUCCCAACACAUACCUGAGACCCCUGGGAGACCCCGCUGGCAAAGCCUAGCUGGAGACUCCCGGGUCAACCCCUCCACCCUGGUCAAUAAAAGCUGG